AUACUUUAUUUGUUCUAUUUACAGUAUCACUAACAAGGAGAUAUUUACUGAGGGCUUUUACCAGGUCACCAUGCUGCCAUAUCCCGAUUCUACAUUCCAAGAGCCAUACUAUGGCAAUGUGACCCUAGAAGUGAACCAACAGCUCUACAUCGCUGUGCAUGUGGAUCAGUUUAACAGCAGUCAGAUUGCCCUUGUGCUGGACCGCUGCUGGGCCACACCCAUCAGUCAGAUUGACUAUCCGAUCUACUGGAAUCUGAUCGUUAAUGAGUGUCCAAACCCUGAUGAUGGCACGGUUGAGGUGUUGCAGAAUGGUGCCUCAACAUCCAGCCACUUUUCAUUCAAGAUGUUCACCUUUACUGGCUUCCCUAAUAACCUCAUCUACCUGCACUGCCAGGUCCAUAUCUGUCUGGCGGAUUCAGGCAACUGUGCUCAGACAUGUGAUGGAAAUCCUUCCAGAAGACGACGAUCAUCAGAUUUCUACGACUCAGCUGAAAUUUCAAUGGGAUUUUAAUAUGUUUCCAGUUGAAACAAAUGAAACUAAAUAUGUUUUGUUUAUUCUAUAAUUAAUGAAAGUGUUGCAUUGCAUCGAAAAUAAAUCAUUAUAUAGGCAAGUUAUCACAAAAUUUAAUUUCAGAAAUGAU